AUAAUUGUCCUUACUAGGCAAUCAACAACAUCAUAAGUACCUCCCCUCCUGAGUUCUUUUCUUCGCUCGCUCACCACAACACCACCAGCCAGCUUCUUCAAGAGAUACAAGCACUUCGAAAGCUAGAAACACUAUGUCUUACCCACCAAACAGCCCCGAGAUCGUUCGACGCCAUCCCCAACAUGGCAUCAGAGCUGCGGGUGGGAUCGCCACUUCAUCACCUCACUCACACUCAUCUUCUUCGAUGGACGUUCACACGAUCAUCUGCGCAGAGGAUGACUGCAACAACAAGCUUGAUGUCUUACCACACGGACACUAUGCUGGGUUGGUCGGCAAGGAUAGUGUGAUAUAUAUCAAGGCUAGGUGCAAGGAGUGUGAGCCGCCAGUGACUGUAGCGAGCUGGUGGGAAGGAUAUAAGGAGAGCGAGGAAGGCAGUGAUGGUUGGAAGGAGGAACCAAGCGAUUGGGCUGAUGAGUUCUGAGGGCUUGGCAAAGAAUGAUGGG